CUGUCAGACACACAAACAGGUUCGAUUUAUAACCAUUCAUAAUGCCAGAGAGUGGCAGGCCACGACGCGUCUGUGGACCUCGAACAGUGAUAUUAAAUUGUACCUUGGUGAUUUUUGAUAUCGUGUUCAUCGCUCAAGGGGUAAUAGGAUUAGCAUACAACAGUGACUGUCCGAGGCAGCCCUUCAUCCCCGUCUAUCUGGUCUUCUUCAUAUUCAUACCCGCCUUGCUGGCGCUGAGCUCGUGCUGCAACUGGUGCAAUAUUAUUUUGUGCUCCGUGUCCAUCGUCUUCUAUAUUUGCUGGUUCAUCGCAGGUAAUGUGUUGAUGUACUCCAUUUACGAACCCAACUACAACAAAAAUACGACACAAGCCGAUCCGUACUGCAACAGGACGCUCUACCUGUUUGCGUUUUGGAGCACCAACCUCACCUACAUCCUCUUAGGUGUGCUUUUUUUCUCCUACUUUUGUUGCAAGCGACAAGAGGCUGAUGAUGAUGAUGAUGAUGAUGACACUCAAAGGCUGCUGCGGGGAUAA